UAGCCCCGAGCCUAGUCCUCAGGAACCUUCUAAGAUGCAGGACUUUGUCACGCAGUUCAACUGCGGUAACCCCUAAGGGGUCGUUGACCCUCCUAUUGCAGGUGAUGGCUCAGCAAUUUAGAAACGGAUUUGCUGACCACGUCAGUGGUCAUUGGCCAUGGUGACAUUUGUGUUUUGUCACAGAAAACAGCUGGGAAGGGCAGCAGAUGCACACGUGCUUUUUAAGAAAGUGACACAGAUUGGAAUACACUGGAAGUGUAUUAUAAAGAAAAUAUUGGGAUUGAGCUGUAUUUUGGAAUUCAUCUUUCCUUACAAUGGCAGUUGGAGGUCCAGUUGGAUACACCCCCCCAGAUGGAGGCUGGGGGUGGGCAGUGCUGGUUGGAGCUUUCAUUUCCAUUGGCUUCUCUUGUGCGUUUGGCAAAUCUGUUUCUAUAUUUUACAAAGAAAUUGAAGAAAUAUUUAACGCCAGCACCAGUGAAGUGUCGUGGAUAUCCUCCAUCAUGUUUGCCGUCAUAUAUGGUGGAGGUCCCAUCAGCAGUGUUCUGGUGAAUAAAUAUGGCAGUCGCCCCGUCAUGAUGGCUGGCGGCUGCUUGGCAGGCUGUGGCUUGAUUGCAGCAUCUUUCAGUAACACCGUGCAGGGACUUUACGUAUGCAUUGGACUCAUUGGAGGCCUUGGGCUUGCCUUCAACUUGAAUCCUGCUCUGACCAUGAUUGGCAAGUAUUUCUACAAAAGACGACCACUGGCAAAUGGACUGGCUAUGGCAGGCAGCCCUGUGUUCCUCUCUACCCUGGCCCCCCUCAAUCAGGUUCUCUUUAAUGUCUUUGGCUGGAGAGGAAGCUUCCUCAUCCUUGGGGGCUUACUACUAAACUGCUGUGUAGCUGGAUCGUUGAUGCGACCAAUAGGGCCCCCACCAGGCAGCGCAGGGAAAGAGAAGUCUAAACAGUCCCUUUUGGAAGCUGGAAAAUCUGAUGCAAAAAAAGAGUCAGGUGAUGCAAAUACAGAAUGCAAUGGAAGAAUACUCAAAGAAGAGAAACAAUCAGUUUUUCAAAAAGUUAACAAAUUCCUGGACUUAACCCUGUUCACGCACAGAGGCUUUCUACUCUACCUCUGUGGGAGUGUGAUCAUGGCUUUUGGACUGGGCACACCUUUGGUCUUCCUUAGCAAUUAUGCCAAGAGUCAACAUUUCCCUAGUGAGAAGGCUGCCUUCCUUCUUUCUAUCCUGUCCUGUGUUGACAUGGUAGCCAGACCUUCUUUGGGACUUGUAGCCAACACAAAGUGGGUAAGACCUCGAGUUCAGUACUUCUUUGCUGCUUCCUGUAUUGCAAUUGGAGUGUGUCAUAUGCUAGCACCUUUGUCCUCUAGCUAUGCUGAGUUCUGUGUCUAUGCCGGAUUCCUUGGGUUUGCCUUUGGAUGGUUUAGCUCGGUAUUGUUCGAAACACUGAUGGACCUUGUUGGACCUCAGAGGUUCCCCAGCGCCGUGGGGUUGGUGACCAUUGUGGAAUGCUGUCCUAUCCUCCUGGGACCACCGGUUUUAGGUCGUCUCAAUGAUGUGUAUGGAGACUACAAGUACACCUACUGGGCAUGUGGCAUAAUCCUUACCAUCGCGGGUAUUUAUUUCUUCAUUAGCAUGGGCAUCAAUUAUCGGCUUCUGGCAAAAGAACGGGAAGCAGAGAAGCAGUGGAAAAAGGACAGUAAAGAACAGGAGCCAAAAGAAAUUACUACAACAGCGGGACCCAGAGAACAGAAAAGCCCCACAACAGGAGACCCCGAAGAGGAGAAACUCCCAGUCUGAAAUCAUGGAUAAACAGAGGGGCUUUGGGCCAAUGAUACCUGAAAUAUUCUACUAAGCCAUGUUCUGCUACUGGUGCUCACCACAGAGAGUGGACAUUCGUGCAGAAGUCAUGCCAGGUGUUUGUUGACGGAAUUUUUAUUUCAUUCCCUUCCAGUACAGUUUGUAUCCUCUGGGGACAGGGCAUUUGCAAAAGAUGAAUGAAGGAAAUAGCUUUUAUUUGAAGUCACACUUAUUAAGGUGUACUUUUCAUAUAGCCCUUUUAUCAGAAUCAAGUUUGAUGAGUUUUGAGGUAUUUAAUCAAAUAACUGCCAUCCCAAUAUAAAGCAUUUCUAAUGGCCAAAAUAAUUCCCCCCCUGCCCUCUGUUGUCCCUCAGUACCCUUGCUUAUAGCCCUUGGAGCCACUGAUCUGAUUUCUGUUCUUUUGCCAUUUCCAGAAUAGAACAAAUGGAGUCACAUAGUAUGUGACUGGCAAAAUGAGAAAAAUAUAUUGGAACUUUAUCUCUAGUCCUGACACAAAUUCCAGAACCCUUGGAAUCUCUGAAGUGAUGAGUGUCUUUUAUAUUACAUGCUAAUUAGCUGCCCAGUAUCUGGGACUUUAAUACAUGAGGGCUGGUCUCCAUAAAGACCUAAGCAGGAUUAGAAAAUGGAAACUUUGGCCCCAUACCCUGAUCUACAGGGAGGAGCCAGGGGCCAGGAGUUGAAUCAGUUUUAAUCACAUUAAAACAACCAGUGAUUUAAUCAGUCAUGUCUAUGAGUGAGGCCUCUAUAAAAACCCCUGAACAGUGGGGUUCAAAGAACCUCCUGGUUGGUGAAUACCCAAAGUGCUGGGAUGUGGUAGGCCUAGAGGCCUGGAGUCUCCCUGUUGCUCACCGCAAACCUUGCCCCCACAUCCUACUAUCUCUUCCAUCUGGCUGUUGCUAACUUGUAUCCUUUAUAAUAAAUCACUCAUAA